CCCAAUGUUCUUUAGUAUCUUACCAGCUUGUGGAUUUGGUGUCCCCAAAGUGUAUAAGAUUUAACAAUGUCAUAAGUAACAUAGUAAGAGGUUACAUAGAAUUUGUUCAGAGAAUGUUGCAAACUGCAAAAAAGAAGAAGAUAAAUUAUGGCUUUGGCACAGCUCUCGCUUGAUUCAUGGCAUCCAUAAGAUGAGCCCUCAAAGCAUCCGGAUCACGCAAUGAUGGGCUUGAAGUCAAAAGUACCUGGAGGAAGAAACUCCUUGGAGAGCUUCCUCAUUGCCUCCAAAGCAGCCGGUUCUAUCAUUCGUAGCUUAUACCCAGACAAAGUUAAGUCUGAAAUUCCAAUUCAAGAUAUCCGAUCUUGCGGUGGUGUUCUCGCUUCCGUCCAGACUCCAAAUAUAUUUUCUGUCUGA